AUGAGUCCACUUCAAGAGCCUUCAUCUUCUAACUCCUUCAACCAUGGUUGGACUUAUGAUGUGUUUGUAAGCUUCCACGGGGAAGAUACUCGAUAUAGUUUCACAGGAAAUCUUUGUAAUGCUUUGCACCAAAAGGGAAUCAACACUUUCAAAGAUGACUCAAAACUUAAGAAAGGAGAAGGGAUUUCACCUUCUCUUCUCAAAGCAAUUGAUGAGUCUAGGAUUGCAAUAAUUGUUUUCUCACAAAAUUAUGCAUCCUCAAGUUGGUGUCUUGAUGAAUUAGUGAGGAUCAUGGAGCGUAUGAAAGAGAAGGGACAGUUGGUGAGGCCAGUUUUCUACUAUGUUGAUCCUUCAGAUGUAAGGCAUCAAAGGAGAAGUUUUAGAAGUUCAAUGACUAAGCAUGAAGAAAAUCUCAAUAUUGACAAAGAAAGGGUGUGUAAAUGGAGAACUGCACUGAAAGAAGCAGCUAAUUUGUCAGGAUGGCAUUUCAAAUAUGGGUAUGAGUUUGAAUUUAUUCAAAGGAUUGCUGAAGAAAUCUCUAGCAAAUUAAAUCUUACCUCCUUGCACAUAGCUGAUCAUCCAGUUGGAUUGGAUUAUCGAAUGUCAAAAGUGGUAUCCCUUCUAGGAAUUAAAUCUAAUGAUGAGGUGUGUAUGGUUGGAAUAUAUGGAUUUGGUGGGAUUGGUAAAACCACAAUUGCUCGAUCUGUCUAUAACUUAAUUGCUAAUAAGUUUGAAGGUUCUAGCUUUCUUGCUGAUGUAAGAGAAAAUUCAAUGAAACGUGGUCUAGUACAACUACAAGAGACCCUUCUCUUUCAUUUGCUUGGAGAAAACAUCAAGUUGAGUGAUGUGAGUGAAGGAAUUCCUAUAAUAAAAAGAAGGCUUCACAACAAGAAGGUCCUUUUGAUUCUUGAUGAUGUGGAUAAUGUGAAACAACUGUGUUCCCUGGCUGGAAGCCAAGAUUGGUUUGGUUCCGGAAGCAGGAUUAUCAUAACAACAAGAAAUAAACAUUUGCUAGCUAUUCAUGGGGUUGAAAAAAUAUAUGAAGUGAAAGAAUUGAAUGAUGAAGAAGCUCUUGAACUAUUUAGUUUGAAUGCUUUUAAAAGAAGGGAGCCUGAUGCAAGUUAUGCACAGAUAGCAAACCGUGUAGUGAAAUAUGCCAAAGGCCUUCCAUUAGCUUUGAAUGUAAUAGGAUCUGAUUUAUUUGGAAAGACAAUAGAAGAAUGGGCAAGUGCAUUGAAGAAAUAUGAAACAAUCCCAAGCAAAGAUAUUCUAGAUGUACUUAAAGUCAGCUAUGAUAAUUUGGAUGAUAAUGAAAAAGAAAUUUUCCUUGACAUUGCAUGUUUCUUCGAAGGAAAUUUGAAGGAGGACGUAGAAAAGACACUGGAUGCCUCACGUUUUUGUUCAAAAUAUGGAAUCGGAGUUCUUAUUGAUAAAUCUUUAGUAACAAUUAGUGAAUCCAAUACAGUUAAGAUGCAUGAUCUUAUACAAGACCUGGGCAAAGACAUUGCUAGAAAGGAUUCGCCACAUGACCCUGGCAAACGUAGGAGACUGUGGCAUCAUGAGGAUGUUCUUGAGGUCUUGACAAGAAAAACAGGAGCUGAUACAAUUGAAGGAAUAAUGUUGGACAUGAGCAACCUACAACAAGAAGUUCAGUUAAAAACUGACGCCUUUGAAAAAAUGAGGAGACUCAGAAUUCUCAUAGUUCGGAAAGCACAAGUUUCUGGAUCUCCCCAAUACCUCCCAAAUAAUUUGAGAUUUCUUGAAUGGAAUGAAUAUCCUUUACCAUCUUUACCUGCUGAUUUUCAUCCAGAAGCACUUGUUGUACUCAACUUGCCCCAGAGUCAUCUUAAAAUGAAUGAGCCAUUCAAGAAGUUUGAGCAUUUGACUUUUAUGAACUUCAGCUAUUGUGACUCCCUAACAACACUACCUGAUGUCUCAACAACCCCUAAUCUAACUAGACUUCUUCUUAAUAAUUGUCCAAACUUAGUGGACAUUCAUGAUUCUGUUGGACAUCUUGACAAACUAGUCACAUUAAGCACACAAGGAUGCCCAAAACUCGUGAGUUUUCCACGAGGUUUGAGAUCAUCAUCUCUUGAAUACCUUAAUCUUGGCAAAUGUUCUAGCAUUCAGAGUUUCCCAGAUGUAUUGGCUAAAGUGGAGAAUAUGAAAAAUAUUGAUAUAGGAGGGACAGCCAUAAAAAGAUUUCCAAAUUCAAUUAAAAACUUUAAUAGUCUUGAAGAGUUAAGGCUGACAUCUUGCCUAAGUUUUGAGGAUCUACCAACCAACACAGUAUUGUUUCAAAAUAUUGAAGAGCUUAAUGUAGAGCGAUGUCAACAACUUCCAAAACUUCUAUGGAAGUCAUUAGGAGACAGGACGAAUUGGAAUCCGAAGUUAAGUGGAUUGACUCUCAAAAACUGUGAUCUAUCAGAUGAAGAUCUUGAGUUAAUUCUCAAGUGUUUCCUAAAACUGAAAUCCUUGAACCUAUCCGAUAAUAACUUUUUGACCAUCCCUGCUUGCAUUGAAGAUCUUUGCCACCUGUUAUUUCUUCAUGUGGAUAACUGCAAGCUGCUUAGAAAUAUUUCAGUGCUUCCACAAUACCUGCAAUACAUAGAUGCAAGGAAUUGCGUAUCAUUGACUCCCCAAUCAUCAGAUGUAAUUUUGAGUCAGGCAUUUCAGGAGGUUGAGUACAUAGACAUUGUUGUGUUCAGGACAAAAAUUCCAAGUUGGUUUGAUCACUGUAGUAAAGGAAGGUCCUUGACUUUCUGGGUUCGUAGAAAAUUCCCUACCAUUGCUCUAUUUUUUCUUUUAGGAGGUGAAUAUCAAAGGAAAGUUAAUCACACAUGUGAAUUCCGUUUGGAUAUCAAUGGACUCCAAGUAUUUCAACAAAGAAGAGAGUGGCCAGUUGAUCAUGUAUGGCUGUUUGAUAUGAGAAUUCACCUCACUGCCAAAGAGUGGCACAACAUUAAUGAAAAAAUAAAAUCUGGUUGGAAUCGUGUGGAGAUUUUGUGUUCAGUCAUGAAUGAGCCCAAAAAUGUAACUGUUAAAUGUUGUGGAAUUCAUUUAUACAAAGAUAGAAUGAAUAUUCACCAUGUCUCCUUUGUAAAUCCUGAUCUUCAAGGCUCAAAUAUAGCCCAUGAUAACAUAAAUGACAGUUUGGAUAUCCAUGAUGAAGCAAGAGAAGAUGUUCUUUUCCCUUCAAUAUCAGAUAAAUACUUUGCCAAGAAUAUAUUGGAGUUCAUGAGAAAUCUUCAAUCUAGCAAGAAAAACGGUGGUAAUGAGCAUGAUUAUGGUGGGGAGUUGGAACUAAACAGUGAAAGUGACAAUGAGGACAUGGAAGAGGAACAACAUUCAGCUUCCCUCAGUCAUCAAAUCCUAGGAAACAAUGAAGUUGUGAAUAAUGACAAAGGAAAAGACACCAAUUCCUGCAAAAUUCUUCUGGUUCCUUUAACUGAAACACAAGAAGAACCUCUUGCUACAAGUAUCCAUAAUAAAGAGCUAAUGCUUGUGAAGAAAGAAAAAUUGAUGGAGAAUGAAAAUCUGUUUGAAUCAGAUGUAGAAGCCACAUUGAAUUUUAAUCAAAGUCAAGAAAAUAUCUUCCAUACUCAUUUUCCUGAAAGAUAUGGUAAUGGUCAGGGUCAACAAGCUGUGUCAAAUGCAGAAGCCUACAUAAAUAUUUUUGAAUCUUCCAUAAAUGAAGACAACAUGGAAGCAUUUUAUGCUUCUCUUGAACCAGAAACCACUUCUCUGUCACAUGUCCAAGACAUGCAACCCAACAAUGUAUCUGUCAAGCCUAGGCCUAGUGAAGAAACCCAGAAAUGGUUGCAGAUUCUACGGGACUUUGUCUCAAAAAAAUUCUCUCUUUUGUUGCACCCAGGACGUUCUGGAUUGAUGAAAGAGUCCCUAAAUUACUUCCGCAGUUUGACACCAGAUGAAGGACUUUCUCUGAGAACUAAAUCAGCAAUACAACAACUUUCACUAAGUUUCGCUAAAUGGAAUUUGGACUAUAACAAUGCAAACCUUAAACUUGAGUCAGCAACUGCAGACCUAUCAAAAGCUGAGAAAUUGAAAGAUGAUCUUAAAGCUAAUGUUAAAGAAUUCCAGGACAUGGACAUGGUGGAGAAGUGUUUGUGUAAUCAAUUGUCCAUCUUGCAUAAAGAGAAGAGAGACCUUGAAGAGAAAAUCAAUGCCAUAAAAGCUGAGAUUGCAGAUUCUACAGCACAGAGAGACAUAGUUGCUAAGAGAAAGAGAGAAUUGUUUCAUGAAGGAAGAGUGAUGAAAGCCGAAACGGAUGAUUUGAGGAACCAAGUGCCAAGGCUGAAAGCUGAUGAGGAAUGGGCAAAAUUAACACAAGCCAAUAUUGAAGCAGAGUGGUCAAAGAUUGGAGAACAAUUCAUUCGAAGCAUGCAUUUUGAAGACUAA